GACCAGCUCAGCGCCCGCGUGCGGGCGCGCCUGCUCGACCAGAUCGGCUCGGGCCCCUCGGAGCCGCCGCGGGCUCCGAGGCCCCCGCGGCGGAGGCCCCAGGCAGACAGCCGGCCCAGGGCGCCCCCGAAGCCGCGCACGCCGUGGUACCUGCCGCCCGACAAGUGGUUCUCCAAGGAGGCGUCGGGCGAGACCGGCGAGGGCGGCAGCGUUGGCUUCCCCUACGACGGGCGGUACAACGCCAGGACGGCCGCCCUCGACCAGGACGGCGGCGCUGAGGGAGGCCCCCCGUCGCAGCGGGAGAAGGAGUCGCUGCAGAUCGUGGAGGCCUACAGGCAGUACAUGCGGGAGGAGAACAAACGCAUGGUCGUCAAGUGCCAGGACGGCGACGAGGCGGCGAAGAGCCUGGCGGGCGAGUACGAGGAGCAGGGCGUGCCGCAGCUGGACCGGAGGGUCUACAAGAAGGCCGUGGCUGCCGGCAGGGGCGAGGUCUUCCUGGCCUACUGGGACGGCCGCGACGGCACCGCCGAGGGCUGGCGGUUCAGCAGCCGGGUCGGGGGCAACCAGCCGACCGAGCGGCCCGUGCAGUUGUACGCCGUCUGCCCGUCCGACUCGGCGGCGCCGCCGGGGGCGGGCUGGCGAGUGCCGUGGGACGCCGCGGCGCCCAGGCCCGGCUUCCAGGUGAAGGAGAAGCCGCAGCGCAAACCGGCCUUCCUGCAGUGA